GCCAAUCUGAAGAAGAGAAGGUUGCUAUGCGAAAGCGUAUAGAGGAGCUUGUGGCUACGGAGAGAGAUAGAGAGGCUGCAGAGAGAGAUAGGGAGGCUGCAGAGAGAGAGAGAGAGCUGAAAUGAAUGCUCAAAUGAUGGUUGAAAUGAGGGCUGAAGUGAGAACUGAAACUAGGGCUGAAGUUAUGGGGGAAAUGGAAGUUAAAAUAGCGGAACAAGUUAAAGUUCAAGUGGCAGCAAUGUUGGGUGCUCGAUCGUCAAAGAAAAAGAAACCAACUUAGAUCGUAUAUGUUGGUGGGAUGAUGAAACGAGGUUUGUUUCCUCAAGUUUAAGAUGACUAUAUUAUAUUAGAGAUUGAAGCAUAAUGGAUUUUGAUUCUUGACAGAAUAAUAGC